AUGGCGGAGGCUACGGAUGAUUCCCGGGACAUCGAGAAGCUGUACGAGUACGGAGAAAAGCUCAACGAAGCCAUAGAUAAAUCCCAGGGUCGGAAGGAUUACGAGGGGAUAAUCGCUGCGGCAAAUGGCAGCGUGAAAGCAAAGCAGUUGGCAGCACAGAUGAUACCAAAGUUUUUCAAGCAUUUCCCUGAGCUUUCUGAGCAAGCCUUAGACCAGCAUAUCUGUUUGUGCGAGGAUGAGGAGCUUGGGGUCCGCGUACAAGCUAUUCGCGGGCUUCCUCUAUUCUGCAAAGAUACACCUGAACAUCUGGCAAAAAUUGUUGACAUCCUCGGUCAACUCCUAAUUGCUGGAGAUAUUGUAGAGCGUGAUGCAGUGCAUAAAGCCCUUAUGACUUUGUUGCGGCAGGAUGUCAAGACUUCAUUAACAGCUUUAUUUAAGCACAUUGGCAGCACUGAUGAUCGAAAUGCAGAGGAUCUCAGUGCUUGGGAGGGCAUUCGGGAAAGAGUUCUGUGUUUUAUUAGAGAUAAGGUGUUUCCUCUUAAAGCUGAGCUGUUGAAGCCGAAAGAUGAAAUGGAGCGGCAUAUCACUAAUUUGGUGAAACAGAACUUGCAAGAUGUGACAGCUGCAGAGUUUAAAUUGUUCAUGGACUUCUUAAAAAACUUGGGCUUAUUUGGGCAGAAUGCUCCUGUUGAACGAGUUCAAGAGCUUGUUGAGAUUAUUGAAGGCCAGGCUGAUCUGGACGCUCAAUUUAAUGUUUCAGACGGUGAUCACAUUGAUCGAUUUAUAUCCUGCCUACAAAUGGCGCUUCCCUUUUUCAUGAGGGGUGCAUCAUGCAGUAAGUUCUUCAAUUAUCUGACGAAGCAAAUUAUUCCUGUUUUUGACAAGCUACCUGAAGAACGGAAACUGGACUUGCUCAAGAACCUUGCUGAAUCUUCUCCAUAUACUAAACCACAAGAUUCAAGACAACUUCUUCCAUCCAUUGUUCAACUUUUAAAGAAAUACAUGGUCCGGAGAAAAAUUGAAGAGAUAAACUUCACAUGUAUUGAGUGCUUGCUGUAUGCAUUUCAUCAUUUAGCUCACAAGACUCCCAAUGCCACUAAUAGCCUUUGUGGCUACAAGAUCGUCACUGGGCAACCUUCAGACAGGCUUGGUGAAGAUUUUUCAGAACAAUAUAAGGAUUUUACCGAGCGAUUGAGCACCAUCGAGGAAUUAGCAAAAGCAAUGAAUAAGAAAUUGACCCAAGGGAUGGCCGAGCACAAUAAAGCAGUGGCAGCUGCAAAGACAGAAGAGGAAAAAGAAACAGUUAAGGAGCAGAAGCAAAAUGCUACAGCAGGUCUUCGGACAUGCAACAAUCUACUUGCAAUGACUCAGCCUUUGCAUUCAAAAUCGCCUUCAUUUAUUGGGGACCAGAAAAAGAUCAACUUAUCUUGGCGAGAAGUACCUAAAGCAGCACCAACUUCUGGUGCUGUUACUGCCACAGGUAAAAGACGAAGCACGAAUUCAGCAAAUGGGUCGGGGACAAAUGCAGCUAAGAAGGGUCGGGGAGCAGGUGGUGUACAAAACCAACUUGUUAACAGAGCUUUUGAAGGGUUAAACGACAUAAGAAGUGGUGGAAGAGGGAGAGGCUGGAGGAACCGUGGAAAAAUUCACCUCCUAAACCCUAGCCUCGUCCCGCGCUCGCCUCCUCGUCUCUCCGCCUUUCAGCCUCGUAUCGUCGCUCGGACUCCGGCGUCGGCCUUUAAGGUCCAACCUCCGCCUCUAACCUCCGCGUCCAGCCUCCUCCGCCGGCCUUCGGUCUUAGCCUCGAAGGUAUGUCGCUCCCAACUCCGGUCAUGA